GACAAGGACUACUCGCACACGCAGCAGCAUCCAUUUUACGUGCGCUGCAACACUUGCACACACAUUUGCUGCUACCAUUGUGUCAGGUGCGUAUCGAGACAGUUGUGGUGGGGUCAUCGCAUACCCGCGUACAAAGUGGUGGAGCCGAAGCAAACGAAAGAAACGUGGGUGGUGGGGCGCGACAAGCGAGAGGCUCUUUCACGCGCAUGCGCCACCCUGGGGCUUACAGACGCUUCAGUUAUCAAACUUGAACAAGAUGAAGAUGUGCUCGACACAUGGUUCUCUUCAGGCCUCUUUCCUUUUAGCGUCUUCGGUUGGCCAGAAGAUACCCCCGAGCUGAAAGCGUACUUCCCCACCACUUUGUUGGAAACAGGGCAUGAUAUCCUUUUUUUCUGGGUGGCUCGGAUGGUCAUGCUUUCUUUGGAACUGACGGGUGAGUUGCCAUUUUCCACGGUCUUCUUGCAUGCGAUGGUUCGAGAUGCCCACGGACAGAAGAUGAGUAAGAGCAAGGGCAAUGUUAUCGACCCGCUGGAGGUGAUUUCCGGUAUCUCACUGGAAGAUUUGCAGAAGAAGCUUCGUCAGGGGAAUUUACCAGAAAAGGAAAUCAAAAGAGCGGAAGAAGUACUGAAAAAAGAAUUUCCUAAUGGUAUUGGAGAGUGUGGGUGUGAUGCGUUGCGCAUGGGACUGCUUGCAUACACAAGACAAGGACGCAGCGUCAAUCUCGAUCUUAACAGAGUAGUUGGCUAUCGUCAUUUUUGUAAUAAGCUGUGGAAUGCAACAAAGUUCUGUCUUGAUAAAUUUGCUCGUGCUGCCUCUAUUAUCUGGGGGGUAUCACGCGAUGCGCACGACUCUCAUUUGUCUGGCGGAGCCGGUGAAACGCCUUGCUGCAAAGACAAUUCGAGUACGAAGAACAAGGAGGAGGAGAAGGACGGAUCUUAUUUCAAGGAAAACGUGUGCUUUAUACCAGAGGGCAUUGGGUUCAGCAAACACAAGCGUCAUGACGGUCUUACACGGAAUAUCGUCUAUGAAGACCUCCAGUGGAUCGACCGCUGGAUUCUUCACCGGCUUGCAACUACCUGCGCGGAGGUCGAAAAGGCAUUUGCGAGUUACGCUUUUGCUGAUGUCGUCACCGCCGUUUAUGGCUUCUUCCUGUACGACUUCUGCGACUAUUACUUGGAGAUAGUGAAAACGCGGCUUACUACUCCGCCGUCUUGUCCCUCACAAGACAGUCAGAUCUCCUCGCUUUGUGCUUUGGAGGUCUUGUACAAUUGUCUGGACAAAUCGCUGCGUCUUCUACAUCCUCUGUGCCCUUUCAUUACCGAAGAACUUUAUCAACGAUUGCCCCCACACAAGGGGAAGGUAGCAAGCAUCACGCUGGCAGAUUUUCCACAAGCACCUCUGUUAUGGCUGGACUGCAAAUUAGCUGACAACAUGGUCUUAUUCAAGCUGAUCGUCACCCGAUUUCGAUCGCUUGCAGCUGCUCUUGAGAUACCGCCGAAGAUUAGGCCUGCUGGGUACAUCCGGGUGGCUGACUCUGAAACCGAUCUCUCAGCGUUUUUAGCGGCGCGCGAAAGCGAGGUGGUUAUCAUGGCGAAUAUGUCGAGCACGCUGCAGAAUGGUAAAGCGAUUGGGCAAUCUUCAACGACCACUCACCGUAUCCGAAGUUGGGAGCCAGUGAAAGUUAUGGGUGACGACUUCGUUGGUGAGCGAUGUGUCAGCGACGUUGUUACUGGGACCACAAGUAUAUUCCUUUCCGUCGAGGAAGGCGUUAACUUGGCGCCAACAUGCCAGAAAUUGAAGAAAAAGAAGACUAACUUGGAGAAAAUGGUACAGUCCUACAUACAGAAGGAAGCGAUGCCUGCGUAUGAGGACAAGGUGCCCCAGGAGAUUAGAGAGCAGAACGCAGCCCGCAAAAAGGAGCUGCAGAUGGAGUUGAGUACUCUGUUACAUGCCAUUCGCACCUUAGAGAAUUUAUGCAGGGAGGAGAGCGGGUGA